AUGUUUGGAUGUCAAGAGACAGAAAGAUUAGAUGAUAUAGCAAAGACCAACUUAUCAUCAGAGGGAGAAGCAUCUUCUCAAAUGGGAAGGAAGAAUUUUUAUGGUCCAACUUCUGGGGCAACGUUAAACACAGUUACCCCUUGUGCUGCAUGUAAGCUUUUGAGAAGAAGGUGUGCUGAGGAAUGUCCUUUUUCUCCUUAUUUUUCACCGCAUGAGCCUCAGAAAUUUGCAGCUGUUCAUAAAGUGUUUGGUGCUAGCAAUGUCUCAAAGUUGCUUUUGGAGGUACCUGAAGGACAAAGAGCAGAUGCAGCAAACAGUAUGGUUUAUGAAGCAAAUUUGAGGUUAAGAGAUCCUGUAUAUGGAUGCAUGGGUGCAAUAUCAUCAUUACAACAGCAAGUUCAAUCAUUACAAUCAGAACUACAUGCAGUUAGAACUGAGAUUCUAAAGUACAAGUACAGAGAAGCUGCUAGUAACUUUAUUUCUUCUCAAGUAUCAAUGCCUACAAAUGCAAACUCACAACAAGAUCUUUCUCAACCUCUUGUUCUUCCAACUUUAGCUCCUCCAUCUCCUGCUCUUCCUCCACCGCAAAAAGCGUCGGCGUCUCAAUCGAUUAUCCUUUCGUCGUUCUCUUCGUCUUCUGGUUCUUCUGUUUACACUCCAGCUAAAACAACAAUGAGUCAUGGAUCUAUCUCUAGUGAAAAUAUUCCUUACUUUGUUUAG